AUGGCUGACAUUAAGGAUGAUCAGCAGCAGCAUCAGCUGCAGCAUGCUGCUGAUCCCCAGCACCAGCAGCAAGAGAAGCUGGAACAGCACGAGCAGCAGCAGCAGCAGCAGCACCAGCCUUCUCUUUCUCUCUCGCUGCAGGAUCGGCAGGAGUCGCUAAGCCCUGAAGACUUGCAGUCGUUCUUCUCCAAUAUAGAAGAGCCAAGUCCUCAUAUGUCUUCCCCUGCUGAUGAAUACCGUCCUUUAGGGAGUCCUCGCUACAGUGUCUGGGGCGCGGGGCGGCAGUCUGUUUUAUGGUCUGGGGUAUCUAGCCAGAGCUCCGUGAGUGAGGAGGAGAGCCAAACCCUAGAAGAAGAAGAAGGAUGGUUUAAUUUUAUAAGAAAUGUUUUUCCUCAUUUCUUUGGUGGUGAUGCAAUUAAACAAAGACAAGCAAAACUUCUUCUUCUUGAAGCCCUUGAUCAUUUCGAUCUUAUUAAUGAUUUGUUUUUUAUAAUUAGGGUUUCUUUAGUGUUAUGGCGUCGUCGAGGGUUUCAUGAAUUACCUAGUUUACGUUUUGUGUUGCUAUGGUUGGGGUGUUUGCGUCUUUUUAUCCCACUUGCCGUCUUUGGUGAAAUUAAACGCUCCGGAGUGGAGUGCCCUCAGGCGUUAUUUAUGUUUGAACGAUUGACCUGGACAUUUCAAUUAUUAAUGCGAGCUGUUGAAGAUUUACCACAAUUACUUAUGUCCUUUAUUUAUCUUAUUAAUUGCGGCAAAGAUAAUUACGCAAUUGCUGUUAUUAGCUACAGCACGAUUAUGUUUAUUAUUACUUCUAUAAGAAUGGGCAAAAGAUAUCCAUUUAAGGGAACACUUUAUCUUUUAUUCUCUUCAAGAGCUCCCAUAGACGACCCUGUAGCCCAAGAAGCAGCUCCAACAACCACAGAAAUAACCCUCUUUAUGUCCUUUGGUAAACCUCUUCGGCAUGUGGAGUGCUGCCAGCGCGAUCGGUCUACGAUAUGCAUCGCGGAUAUGGAAACCCUGUAA